UCCAGCUCCUCUCACAGAACCCACAGCCCGCAGCACCAUGAAGGUCCUGGCAGCCACCCUGGCCACUCUGCUCCUCCUGGCCUCCUGCUCCUCAACUGAGGGUCACCUCGAUGGUGUCCCCAGCAUCUGCUGCUUCAGCUACCAGAAGCAGCCCAUCCCUCGGCGCCGCGUCAGCUCCGUCUUCAUCACCAGCAGCUCCUGCAGCCAGCCGGGUGUGAUUGUGGUCACCCAGAAGAAGAAGCAGCUGUGUGCAGAUCCAAAGGCAGCAUGGGUGCAGGAGCUCCUGAAGGACUUCCAGAGCCGGGAGAACUGAGCCUUCCCUGCUGACAGCCACAAUGCCACCCCUGCACAGCUUCCAGCCUCAGGCACAACAGAGAGGAUUUGACCCCCAGCCUUCUUCAACGGGGAAAAUUAUUUUAUUUAACUUAUUUAAGUUAAACUAAAUAUUGUUUUUCUAAGCAUUAUUUUAAAA